UAGUAUAAAAAUUUCAAAGCGGCCAUAUUUAUUGAUCUUUGGUCACUCAUUCCACAAGAAGUUACACUUUUCACUUUCGCAUAUUAAGUCAAAGAAGAAACGUCGUUGAUUUGCCCUUUGAUUCAUCAUGGAAUCAACGGCAGAUGGUGGCGAUAGUCAAUCGUCCGCCGCUGUCGUUGAUCCACGGGAUUUUGUUAAGUUUAUCGUCAAUGUUGUUCCGGCGAUUUUGGAGGGCGAAACGGACGAGUCGAACAGCCACGAGCUUCGAAAAGCCUGCAACAAUGCCGAAUAUUUCGAAUGCAUUAAGAAAUUUCUAUCCGAUCCACAAAUCAGGGCACUGAUUGUGAGCAAAAGCGUGCUGAAGGACGAAGAGGAAGACAGUUCGGGAACAGACAGUGCGACAGAAUCCGAGAGGGACGGGCGAGUCACAUACAGCAUUCACUUGAACGUCCAAUACACAGCGCCCAAAUUAACGAGCGUUGGUUUGAUAAAACGAUCGGGCGUUGUUGAAGCGGACAAGAAGAUCGCAUCGCAGCUGCGGGUGUUGAAUCUAAGCGACGAUUCGCCGUUUGAGACCUUGCAUUCGUUUGUCAGCAAUGCCGUCGCACCCUAUUUCAAAUCGUUUGUCAAGACAUCGGGUAAAGCAGACAGAGAUGGUGAUAAAAUGGUACCUUCUGUUGAGAAAAAGAUUUCAGAGUUGGAAAUGGCAUUAUUACAUUUACAACAGAAUAUUGACAUACCAGAAAUUACGUUGUUGAUACAUCCAAUCGUCACGAACAUGAUAAAGAAAUGCCAAGAGGAAGAAGACAGGAAAGCUAGAGUCCAGGACUUUGGAGAUUUGUGUGAGGAUUCAUCCUUUCUCAACCAGCUGCAAAAUGGUGUCAACAGAUGGAUCAGAGAAAUACAAAAGGUUACAAAACUCAAUAGAGAUCCAGCAUCAGGAAAUGCCCUGCAAGAGAUCAGUUUCUGGUUAAAUUUAGAACGAGCAUUGCUGCGCAUACAGGAGAAACGAGAGAGCUUUGAGGUUGCAUUGACGUUGGACAUAUUGAAGUGUGGUAAAAGGUUUCAUGCGACUGUCAGUUUCGAUUCUGACACAGGUCUAAAGCAAGCGCUGACUACUGUGAAUGACUACAGUCCUUUAAUGAAAGAUUUCCCACUCGAUGACCUGCUGUCUGCAACAGAGCUGGAUAAAAUCAAGUCCUCUUUAACACUCAUUUUCAGUCAUCUCAGGAAGAUACGAAAUACGAAGUAUCCUAUCCAGAGAUGCCUACGAUUGGUUGAAGCCAUCUCACGUGACCUUAGUGCCCAGCUCUUGAAGGUAUUGGGUCCUCUGAGAUUGAUGCACAUUCCUUAUGAAGAGUUUGAUAAGGUUAUGGUAGCCUGUUUCCAAGUCUUCACUACUUGGGAGGAAGAGUACGAAAAACUUCAGACAUUGCUUCGAGAUAUGGCAAAAAAGAAAAGAGAUGAACACGGCAAAGCUGGCCGAGUUAACCCGUCUCACAAGAAAUCUCAAGCUCGCCUGGAAAAUGUUAGAAAGUUUCGCCGUCAGCAUGAACAACUCCGACAAGUCAUAGUACGCGUGCUUCAACCUCCUGCAAAAGAGCAAGCCAACGCUCGUGUGCCUAAUGAAGAAAUGGUCGAUCUACAAGCGGCCGCAGCUUCGCUUGAUCCGGCUGAUGCGAAUGCCAUCGAGGAGGUGAAUUUGGCAUACGAGAACACGAAGGAUGUUGAUUGUUUGGACAUCAGUAAAGAAGGAACAGAAGCUUGGGAAGUUACGAUGAAAAGGUACGAAGAAAGAAUUGAUCGUGUCGAAACGCGUAUCACGUCGAGGCUUCGGGAUCAGUUGGGUAUUGCGAAGAAUGCAGGGGAAAUGUUCCGGAUUUUCUCAAGGUUUAACGCGCUGUUCGUGCGUCCCCACAUCCAAGGAGCAAUCCGCGAAUACCAGACGCAGCUUAUUCAAAGGGUGAAAGAUGACAUUGAAACGCUACAUAGCAAAUUCAAGGUCCAAUACCCACACAGUAAAUCCUCAAAGAUGAGCAAAGUUCGCGACUUUCCAGCCGUUUCAGGCUCGAUUAUUUGGGCUAGACAGAUCGAACGUCAGUUGAAUGCUUACCUACGUCGUGUGGAAGAUGUAUUGGGCAAAGGUUGGGAAAGUCACGUAGAAGGACAGCGGCUGAAGGAGGAUGGUGACAAUUUUAAACAAAAAUUAGAUACCCAAGAACUUUUUGAGGAUUGGUCCAGAAAGGUGACAGCUCGGAAUCUUGGCGUUGGUGGUCGUAUAUUUGCCAUAGAAAGCACACGAACAAGAACUGGAAACAUGCUGAAGUUGAAAGUGAAUUUCUUACCAGAAAUCAUCACUCUAGCAAAGGAGGUUCGUAAUUUAAAAUGGCUUGGAUUUCGUGUCCCUCUUGCUAUCGUCAACAAAGCUCAUCAAGCCAAUCAACUUUAUCCAUUUGCUAUCUCGUUGAUUGAAAGUGUCCGCACCUAUGAAACAGCCUGUGAAAAGGUCGAGAACAAGAAAACAAUCAAGCCAUUGGUUGCUGGUUUGCAAAAAGACAUUCAAAACUAUAUAGGCGAGGGUAUUGGCCUGACAUGGGAGUCAUACAAGCUUGAUCCGUACGUUCAGAAGUUUGCAGAUGCUGUUAUUAGCUUUCAGGAGAAGGUCGAUGACCUGCUAGUAAGCGUCGCGAAAAUCGAAUACGAUGUCGAAUCGUUAUCAUCGUGCAGUUACGAUGCUGGGACUUUCAACGAAAUUCUCUCAAGUGUUCAAAAAGCUGUCGAUGAAAUGAAUCUGUAUUCUUACACAAAUUUGGCAUCAUGGGUGUCCAGUCUCGACAAAUCGGUUGAAGAAAAACUCUCCGUUCGACUUCAAGCUGGAUUGAGAGCAUGGACAGAUUAUCUGCACGAAUAUGGUGGAAAUAACAAGGAGCCAGAAUUUGAUUCUGACACGAAUCCCUUGGUGUCCCAUAAACCUGGUGGAGACCCUGAGAUAAAGAUCCAGCGACACGAGGUGCGGAUUACCAAUCAGAUUUUGUACCUUCAUCCUGCCGUUGAAGCCGUGCGGGCUCAUCUUCUCGGAGAACUUCAUGUAUGGCUUGGUUUGAUCCUUACGUUGCCAAGAAUCCAAAGUUCCAGAUACCAGGUUGGUCUUGAUGUGGACGAGUCAGAUUCCCACACGAGCUAUCGCAAUCUUCUCACUAAACUCCCAGACGGUCCCGAGGUGAUUGAACAGGCAUACCAAGCUGUUGAAAAGAAGGUCGAAGAAGUUGAGAAAUACGUCGAGGUUUGGCUUCGUUAUCAGUCAUUGUGGGAUAUGGAGACCAGUCUCAUCUACAGCAAGCUUGAGAACAACCUUGGAAAAUGGACAAUCUUGUUGAGAAAUAUCAGGAAAUCACGGGUUACAUUCGACACGCAGGAAACGAGACAACAAUUUGGGCCAAUAAUCAUCGACUUCCAACAGGUGCAAUCCAAGGUAAACCUGAAAUAUGACAGCUGGCAUAAAGAACUUCUUAGUAAGUUUGGAUCGAUGCUUGGCACUGAUAUGCAGGAGUUCUAUGGAACCAUAACAAAGUCUCGAACUGACCUGGAACAACACUCAGUCGAAGGAUCGUCGACUUCUGAUUCUGUUAGUUUUAUCACCUUCGUUCAAUCCUUGAAACGCAAGUUAAAGAACUGGGAGAAGGAAAUGGAGGUCUACAAAAACGGCCAAUUAAUCCUGGAAAGACAGAGAUUCCAAUUUCCUCCUCAAUGGUUAUACUACGACAAUGUCGAGGGCGAAUGGGGAGCAUUUAAUGAUAUCUUGAAACGAAAGGAUAUAUCUAUCCAGAAAGAGGUUUCGAUGUUACAAGUGAAGAUCAUAGCAGAAGAUCAGGCAGUGGAAGAAAGAACAUCAGAGUUCCUCAAUGAAUGGGACAAGAGCAAACCUGUCCAAGGCAGUACGCGGCCAGAUGCUGCUCUCAAAUCGCUUGCAAUUUAUGAAGGGAAACUUAGUCGACUCAAGGAAGACCGAAGUAAUGUGGCUAAAGCCAAAGAGGCCUUGGAACUAAUGGAACAAGGGAUGACGAUGAUCAGCGAUGAUCGUGUUCAGAUUGCUUUGGAAGAACUGCAAGAUUUGAAAGGAGUUUGGAAUGAACUAUUGAAGAUUUGGGAGAAGAUUGAUGAGAUGAAGGAACAGCCUUGGUUAUCUGUACAACCUCGCAAGUUGCGAGGUUCUCUCGAUGGACUAUUGAAUCAACUGAAAAACUUCCCAGCUCGUCUCAAGCAGUAUUCAUCCUAUGAACACGUGCAAAAACUACUCAAGGGCUAUAUGAAGGUCAAUGUUCACAUAGUCGAGCUGAAAUCUGAGGCAUUGAAAGAACGUCACUGGAAACAGUUAAUGAAACAACUGCGUGUAAAAUGGGUCCUCAAUGAUCUCACUCUUGGGGCAGUGUGGGAUGUUGACCUACUGAAAAACGAGCCUAUCGUGAGAGAUGUGAUUUUAAUUGCCCAAGGUGAAAUGGCUUUGGAGGAAUUCCUUAAACAGGUUCGCGAUGUAUGGCAUACAUUCGAGCUGGAGCUAAUCAAUUAUCAGAACAAAUGUCGAGUUAUACGAGGGUGGGAUGAUCUAUUUACUAAAGUGAAGGAACAUUUGAACAGCGUUACUGCCAUGAAAUUAUCGCCAUAUUACAAGGUUUUCGAAGAAGACGCGCUUCAAUGGGAGGAGAAAUUGAACCGUAUUCACGACACUUUUGACGUGUGGAUUGAUGUUCAACGUCGCUGGGUAUAUCUGGAUGGUAUAUUCAGCGGAAGUGCUGAUAUCAAGACGCUGUUGCCUGUGGAAACACAAAGAUUCCAAAGUAUCAGCACGGAGUUUCUGACUUUGAUGAAGAAAGUAUCAAAAUCGCCGCUUGUCGUCGACGUUUUGAACAUUCAAGGCGUUCAACGUCAGCUGGAGCGUCUCGCUGAUCUGUUAGGAAAGAUCCAGAAGGCUUUGGGAGAAUAUUUGGAACGGGAAAGAGCCUCAUUUCCACGAUUUUAUUUCGUCGGUGACGAGGAUUUGCUUGAGAUUAUUGGAAACAGCAAGAGCAUUCCAAAACUUCAAAAACAUUUCAAGAAAAUGUUCGCCGGAGUCACUAGCAUCAUCCUGAACGAAGAAGAGCAAAUCAUUUCUGGAAUUUCAUCAAAGGAAGGCGAAGAGGUAGUAUUUAAGACCCCGGUGUCACUGACGAAGUAUCCUAAGGUGAAUGAAUGGCUGACAUGUGUUGAAAAAGAAAUGAGAGUGACCUUGGCCAGUCUUUUGGCUGAAGCAAUGCAGGACGUGAGUCAGUUCCAGUCGGUGGAUAUUGAUUCUCAGAAAUAUCUGGAAUGGGUAGACAAAUACCAGGCUCAGCUGGUGGUACUUGCUUGUCAAGUAUCGUGGUCCCAAUACACCGAGGCAGCUCUCCAGAAAGGCAAUGCCUCAAAUAUGCAACAAGUACUCACGAUUGUUGAAGCGACAUUGAACGUGCUUGCUGAUUCUGUUCUUCACGAACAACCGGCUGUCAGGAGGCGAAAGCUGGAGCAUUUGAUAACAGAGCUUGUCCACCAACGUGACGUCACACGUAAUCUUAUCAACAACAAAACAACGGGAGAAAAGUCAUUCGAUUGGCUGAAGGAAAUGAGAUUUUACUUCGACCCAAAUCAGAAGGAUGUUCUGAAACAAUUAUCGAUCCAAAUGGCGAACGCGAAAUUCAACUAUGGUUUUGAAUACUUGGGCGUGCAAGACAAGCUGGUUCAAACACCUUUGACUGAUAGAUGUUAUCUAACCAUGACUCAAGCUUUGGAGGGACGUCUUGGGGGAUCACCGUUCGGUCCCGCUGGUACUGGCAAGACCGAGUCCGUCAAAGCUCUGGGACAUCAACUGGGGCGGUUUGUGCUUGUAUUCAAUUGCGACGAGACCUUUGAUUUCCAGGCAAUGGGGCGUAUUUUUGUUGGUCUUUGUCAAGUUGGUGCCUGGGGUUGUUUUGAUGAAUUCAAUCGUUUGGAAGAAAGGAUGCUUUCAGCUGUCUCCCAGCAAAUUCAAACGAUCCAAGAAGCUCUGAAAGAACACAAGGACAGUGAUGAUUCCCAUAUAUCGAUUGAGCUUGUGAGCAAGCAGGUGAAAGUGAGCCGUGACAUGGCGAUCUUCGUGACAAUGAACCCUGGUUAUGCCGGACGAUCCAACCUUCCUGAUAACUUAAAGAAAUUAUUCCGCAGUCUUGCUAUGACCAGUCCGGACCGACAGCUUAUCGCUCAAGUCAUGUUGUAUUCACAAGGAUUUAGGACGGCAGAGAAGCUGGCCAGCAAGAUUGUACCAUUCUUCAAACUCUGCUUGGAGCAGCUUUCCAAUCAGUCUCACUACGACUUUGGCCUUCGAGCGUUAAAAAGUGUACUUAUCAGUGCUGGCAAUGUCAAACGAGAGAGAAUCUCCAAGAUUAAGGAAGACCUUAAAGCGAAGGGUGAAGCUGUGGACGAAGCUGCGAUAUCUGAAGGAUUGGAUGAACAACAGAUUUUAAUACAAAGCGUUUUCGAGACUGUUGUCCCUAAGUUAGUUGCAGAGGAUAUUCCGUUGCUGAACAGUCUGUUGUCUGAUGUUUUCCCUGGUGUUAAAUAUGUCGGAGCUGAAAUGAGCGCGUUGAAAGAACAAAUAAAAAAUGUUUGCUCUGAAAUGUAUCUUACAUAUGGAACGGGUGAAGACGAAGGAAGUGCCUGGGUCGAUAAGAUAUUACAGUUGUAUCAGAUUUCGUUGAUCCACCAUGGUUUGAUGAUGGUUGGGCCCAGUGGAAGUGGGAAGAGUAUGGCGUGGAGGGUUCUUCUCAAGGCGCUAGAAAGAUUGGAAGGUGUUGAAGGCGUUGCGCAUGUUAUCGAUCCUAAGGCUAUGUCGAAAGAUGAGCUUUAUGGUACACUAGACCCAAAUACACGUGAGUGGACAGAUGGCUUGUUCACCCAUUUACUGCGAAAAAUCAUUGACAAUGUUCGUGGAGAACUUAAUAAACGGCAGUGGAUUAUAUUUGAUGGAGAUGUUGAUCCAGAAUGGGUUGAAAAUCUUAACAGUGUACUUGAUGACAAUAAACUUUUGACUCUUCCAAACGGAGAAAGACUGGGUAUCCCGCGAAACGUGCGCAUAAUGUUCGAAGUUCAAGACCUUCGCUACGCUACCUUAGCAACAGUCAGCCGAUGUGGUAUGGUGUGGUUCAGUGAGGAUAUAUUAUCAACUGAGAUGAUCUUUAGUAACUAUUUGACGGAACUUAAAGCUAAGCCUAUCGAAGAAAUCGAAGAGGAUGUUGGUCUUAGAAAACAAACCAAGAAGGGCGAAGAAAACGUUUUGUCUCCUACGAUGCAGGUUCAAAACGAUGCAGCAAAUAUUGUCGCUGAGCAUUUCACGUCUGGCGGCCUAGUCAUGAAAUGUUUGGAGUAUGCGAUGGAACAAGAACACAUUAUGGAUUUUACUCGGUUAAGAGCUUUGGGUCCUUCUCUGUUCUCAAUGUUCAAGCAAGCUGUACGAAAUGUGAUCACUUACAAUCAACAGCAUUCCGAUUUUCCAAUGGAGCGUGAUCAACUGGAAAAAUACCUACCUCGCUAUUUGAUUUACAGUUUGUUGUGGUCGUUUUCUGGGGACUCUAAAAUGAAGUAUCGAGAGGAACUUGGUAAAAUGAUACAAAAAAUCACAUCCAUUCCGUUACCGAAUAUGUCUGUCAUGCGACUCAUUGAUUACGAGGUUACCAUCCAAGGAGAGUGGGUGCCAUGGCAAUCCAAAGUUCCAAACAUUGAGGUCGAGACGCACAAAGUCGCUGCUCCAGAUGUUGUAAUUCCGACAGUUGAUACAGUACGACAUGAAGUAUUGCUCUACACGUGGCUUGCUGAACAUAAACCGCUAGUGUUGUGUGGGCCACCGGGAAGCGGAAAGACAAUGACGUUGUUCUGCUCAUUGCGCUCUCUGCCUGAUAUGGAGGUUGUUGGAUUGAAUUUCUCCAGUGCGACUACCCCGGAGUUGUUACUCAAAACAUUUGAUCAUUACUGUGAAUACAGGAGGACGCCAAAUGGAGUGGUUAUGGCUCCUGUACAACUAGGAAAAUGGCUCGUGUUAUUCUGCGACGAAAUUAAUUUACCUGACAUGGAUAAUUACGGUACUCAGAGAGUGAUCUCGUUCUUACGUCAAAUGGUGGAACACAACGGCUUCUAUCGUUCAGUUGACCAGGCCUGGGUGAAGCUAGAGAGGAUUCAGUUUGUAGGAGCGUGCAAUCCUCCAACCGACCCCGGAAGAAAACCGCUCACUCACAGGUUUUUACGUCAUGUCCCCGUGGUCUACGUGGACUACCCUGGUGCAAUUUCGCUCACUCAGAUUUACGGCACUUUUAACCGCGCCAUGUUGAGGUUGAUCCCGUCUCUGAGAAGUUCUGCUCAACAGCUGACAGACGCGAUGGUGGAAUUUUAUACAAUGUCGCAGGAGAGAUUCACCCAGGAUAUGCAGCCCCAUUACAUCUACAGUCCACGUGAAAUGACUCGUUGGGUUCGAGGCAUCGUGGAAGCUUUGCGACCGCUGGAUAAUUUAUCUGUUGAGGGAUUAGUCCGGUUGUGGGCUCAUGAAGCACUGCGUCUUUUCCAAGAUAGGUUGGUGACGGACGAAGAACGUAAAUGGACCGAAGAGAAUAUCGAUAUUGUGGCAAAGAAACAUUUUCCAUCAAUUGACCACGAGACUGCGCUAAAAAGACCGAUAUUGUACAGCAACUGGCUUACUAAAGACUAUACUCCGGUUGAAAGAGAGGAAUUGCGAGAUUUUGUGAAAGCCCGUUUGAAGGUGUUUUACGAAGAAGAACUCGACGUUCCUCUAGUUUUGUUCAACGAGGUUCUCGACCAUGUUUUAAGAAUUGACCGAAUUUUCAAACAACCUCAGGGCCAUUUGCUUUUGAUUGGCGUCAGUGGAGCAGGCAAAACUACGCUCUCUCGUUUUGUCGCCUGGAUGAAUGGAUUAAGCGUUUUCCAGAUAAAGAUUCAUCGCAAGUACACAUACGUUGAGUUUGACGAAGAUUUGAGAAAUGUUCUGCGAAGAUCCGGAUGCAAGAAUGAGAAAAUCGUGUUUAUUUUGGAUGAGUCAAACAUGCUGGAGUCCAGUUUCUUAGAAAGAAUGAAUACCUUGCUGGCAAAUGGAGAGGUUCCUGGAUUGUUCGAGGGAGACGAGUAUACUACUUUGAUGACUCAGUGUAAGGAAGGCUCACAGCGUGAUGGUCUGAUGCUGGAUUCCAGUGAAGAGUUGUACAAGUGGUUUACAGAACAGGUCAUCCGCAACCUUCAUGUUGUUUUCACAAUGAAUCCAUCCUCUGAAGGACUGAAAGACAGAGCUGCUACCUCUCCAGCUUUAUUCAACAGAUGUGUUUUGAAUUGGUUUGGCGAUUGGUCCACUGGUGCUCUCUAUCAGGUCGGAAAAGAAUUUACCAACAAAAUCGACUUGGACAAUUCAUUGUACCGUGCUCCAGACUAUCUCCCCGUUGUUUACGAAGGAUUAUCAAUACCACCAACCCACAGAGAAGCCGUCAUUAACGCCUUCGUAUUUGUCCAUCAAACUUUACAUCAAGCAAACGCACGUGUUGUGAAACGAGGUGGUCGUUGUAUGGCUAUCACUCCAAGACAUUACCUCGACUUUAUCAAUCAUUAUGUGAAAUUGUAUAACGAGAAGAGAUCCGAUUUGGAAGAACAACAACUGCACUUGAAUGUCGGUUUACAGAAGAUUAAAGAAACUGUUGAUCAGGUUGAAGAACUGCAAAAAAGUUUGUCAAUGAAGAGUCAGGAGCUGGAAGCGAAGAACGCAUUGGCUAAUCAAAAACUGAAGCAAAUGUUGAAAGACCAGCAGGAGGCCGAAAAGAAGCGAAUAACCUCAACUGAGAUUCAAGCUGCCAUUGCGGAACAAACGGCUAAGAUAAAGGAGAAGAAAGCCCUUGUUAUGGAAGACUUGGCACAAGUUGAGCCUGCUGUUCAAGAUGCUAAACAAGCGGUGAAAUCUAUCAAAAAGCAGCACUUGGUCGAAGUACGAUCGAUGGCUAACCCGCCACAAGCUGUUAAAGUGGCUCUGGAAUCGAUUUGUUUGCUGCUGGGCGAACAGGCGAAUGACUGGAGAGCAAUCCGUGGAAUCAUCAUCAGAGAUAACUUCAUUCCGACCAUCGUUAACUUCCAGACAGAAAAUAUCAGUGAGGAUGUUCGCGCCCAGAUGUUGAGCAAAUAUAUGUCUCAACCGGACUAUAACUUUGACAAGGUGAAUCGUGCUAGUCAAGCAUGUGGUCCUUUGGUUAAGUGGGCCAUUGCUCAGGUUAAAUAUGCCGAUAUGUUGUUGAGGAUCGAACCCUUGCGCAAUGAACUGAAGAGUCUUGAGAGCAAAGCAAGUGUUAGCGAAGCAAAGGCUGUAGAGAUUGCAAGUGUAAUCACUGGCCUUGAAAAGAGCAUCUCUCAGUACAAGGAAGAAUACGCUGCGUUGAUCAGCCAAGCUCAAGCAAUCAAGAGCGAGAUGACUGCUGUCGAAGCUAAAGUGAACAGAAGUGUGGCGUUGUUACGUAGCUUGUCUGAUGAGCGAAGUCGUUGGCAAGCGACUAGUAAUGCUUUCCAAGCUCAAAUGGGGACCAUCGUUGGUGAUGUUAUGUUGUCUUCUGCCUUUUUAGCUUAUGCAGGUUAUUUUGAUCAACAACUCCGUCAAAAUUUGUUCACAACCUGGAGUUCUCAUCUUCAACAAGCUGGUUUGGAAUUCCGCCAAGAUCUUGCCAGAACAGAGUACCUAUCCACCGCUGACGAGAGACUGGCUUGGCAAGCAAAUGCUCUGCCUACAGAUGAUCUUUGUACCGAGAAUGCAAUCAUGUUGAAAAGAUUCAACCGAUAUCCUUUGAUAAUUGAUCCAUCCGGUCAAGCCACAGAGUUUAUUAUGAACGAAUACAAGGGACGCAGGAUCACAAAGACAAGCUUCCUUGACGACGCUUUCCGUAAAAACCUGGAGAGUGCCUUGCGAUUUGGAAACCCUCUCUUGGUCCAGGAUGUGGAGAAUUAUGAUCCCAUCGUGAAUCCAGUAUUAAACCGUGAAGUACGACGUACAGGUGGCCGAGUGUUGAUAACUUUGGGAGAUCAGGACAUCGAUUUGUCUCCGUCGUUCACAAUCUUUAUGUCAACCAGAGAUCCUACUGUCGAAUUCCCGCCAGAUUUGUGCUCUCGAGUGACGUUCGUGAAUUUCACGGUGACAAGAAGCAGUUUACAAAGUCAAUGCCUUAAUUAUGUUCUUAAAGCUGAGAGACAAGAUGUGGACACCAAACGAUCUGACCUGCUAAAAUUGCAAGGGGAGUUCCAUCUGCGUCUGAGACAUUUGGAGAAAUCUUUACUUCAAGCUCUCAAUGAUGUGAAAGGAAGAAUUCUGGAUGAUGACAGCAUUAUCGGAACUUUGGAAAAGCUGAAACAAGAAGCAGCGGAUAUUACAAAAAAGGUCGAAGAAACAGACGUAGUCAUGGCUGAAGUCGAGGCUGUUACUGACCAGUAUAGACCACUGUCUCAAUCUUGUAGCAGUAUAUACUUCACUAUGGAAUCGCUCAACCUUAUCUACUUCCUGUAUCAGUAUUCCUUGCAAUUCUUCUUGGAUAUGUACUUAAGCGUUCUGCAUGAAAAUCCAAACUUGAAUAAUCAAAAAGACUAUAUAAGCAGACUGAACGUCAUUACUACUGACGUUUUCCAGAUCGUUUACAAUCGCGUUUCCCGCGGUAUGCUUCAUGAUGACAAAAUCACGUUUGCCCUGCUAUUGUGUCGUAUUCAUCUUCGUGGUUUACCUGGAGAACGGGAGUUUGAAGAAGAAUUCUCGCACUUUUUGGAAGGUCGGGAUGCACUUGUGGGAAAGAAAUCUGCCAGCGUAGACGGUCUAUCACCAGAACAGAGUCAAGCAAUGAGUCAUUUGGCCCAGCUGGUUCCCUUCAAUAAUCUACCAGGAUAUAUCCAGUCGCACAGAGAUUUCUUUGAAUGGUCUGAGGAUCUCAACCCUGAGAACAAUGUCCCGGUUUGCUGGGAAUCAAACGUUGAACUUUCUUCUGUGGGCAACAGUUUGUACCAGCUUCUUGUUGUGCAGGCUUUCAGACCAGACCGUGUUCUUGCUAUGGUUCAUAAAGUCGUUGAGACGGUAUUCGGGCAGUCGUUCAUGCGAGCUUCAGAACAGGAACUUGAUCUUGCAUUUAUUGUUGACAAAGAGAUUAAAUCAAGCACUCCGAUAUUGAUGUGUUCUGUAUCUGGACAUGAUGCAAGUGGCCGUGUCGACGAUCUUGUCGCCCAACAGAACAAACAGUGUACAGCCAUUGCAAUUGGAUCUGCCGAGGGAUUUAAUCUUGCCGAAAAAGCUGUCAACUCCGCAGUGAAGUCCGGAAGGUGGGUCUUGUUAAAGAAUGUUCACUUGGCCCCACAAUGGCUGGUCACACUGGAAAAGAAACUUCACACUCUCAAUCCGCACUCGAACUUCAGGCUCUUCUUAACAAUGGAAAUCAACCCGAAGGUUCCUGUAAAUCUGUUACGAGCUUCUCGUGUCUUCGUUUUCGAACCUCCACCUGGAAUCAAAGCAAACUUGUUCAGAACGUUCAGUACAAUACCUGCAGCACGUAUGUGCAGGGCACCAACAGAACGAACGCGUCUCUAUUUCCUCUUGGCGUGGCUACAUGCCAUCAUUCAAGAACGACUUCGUUAUGCCCCGCUCGGCUGGUCGAAACAUUACGAAUUUAGUGAAUCUGAUCUUAAAGUGGCCUGCGAUACAAUCGAUACUUGGCUUGAUAAUGCAUCACAGGGUCGUACCAAUAUUUCACCGGACAAAGUGCCAUGGGAUGCCUUAAGAACUUUGCUUACUCAAGCCAUAUACGGUGGACGUAUCGAUAAUGAGUUUGAUCAGCGAUUGCUCUCCUCUUUCGUGAGUCGGUUGUUCACAGUAAACAGUUUUGAAUCAGAUUUCCCAUUGGUCCUGGACGUUGAUGGUUUGAAAGGAAAGAGCGUCACUAUGCCAGACGGAAUCAGACGAGAACAGUUUGUACAGUGGACGGAGAAACUUCCUGAUUCUCAAUCACCAUCGUGGCUUGGUUUGCCGAACAACGCGGAGAAAUUGUUGCUGACUGUGCAAGGGCAAGCGCUCACAGCUAAACUUCUGAAAAUGCAAAACUUGGAUGACGAAGAAGAGCUCGCCUACUCUCCAGGUCUAGCCAGGAGUAAUUCUUUGAUCUCAAGUGAUGUGCGCCCAGCUUGGAUGAGAACAUUGCACACCACUGCCUCUAAUUGGCUUGCUAUGGUGCCAGAAGAACUUGUUGCCUUGAAACGAACCAAUGAAAACAUCAAAGAUCCGCUGUUCCGUUUCUUCGAAAGAGAGGUGAAUGUUGGUAUUGGCCUGCUGACCACUGUGCGCAAUGACCUGAAAAAUGUGAUCGCCGUUUGUGAACAAGUGAAGAAACCAACCAAUUAUUUGAGGAGUGUAAUGAACGAUUUGAUGAAAGCAAUUCUGCCCAAAAACUGGCGUCGUUACACAGUUCCUGAAGGUCUGACUGUGAUUCAGUGGAUAGCUGACUUCAAUGAUCGCAUUCAACAGCUCCAACAGGUCUCUCGCGUAUCCCAUAGCGGCUCUACCAAAGGUUUGAAGAAUAUGCGUAUUCGACUCGGAUGGUUGUUUGUUCCUGAGGCUUAUAUCACGGCGACCAGACAGUAUGUUGCCCAAGCAAACAACUGGUCUUUGGAAGAACUCUCCUUGAAGAUGACUGUCUCCCGAGGAAAGAACGAUGAAGUCCAGCUUGACGAUUGCAGCUUUGGCAUCACAGGUUUAAGGCUACAAGGAGCAAAGUGUGUGAAUAAUUGUCUGGAGUUAGCCGUAGUCAUUUCAACCGACCUGCCCCUAACAAGCCUUAGUUGGAUAAGAACCACUGCUGAAGAUAAGCGUACACAACAACAAGUGGUUACCUUGCCAGUGUACCUCAAUCAAAAUCGUCGAGAGCUUCUCUUCACGGUUGACAUGGAAUACUCUGAAAAAGGUGGUAAUUACCGUUUCUAUGAACGAGGCGUUGCAUUCCUGGCUUCUUCGAUGACUGGUUGAUCUAUAUUUUAACUUUACUUCAUUUAGACUUUAGACUUUAAAAAUUAUGUUAGCAUAACGUAUAUAGUAUAGGAACAUUGAUUUUAUUUGACAAGUUGAUAAAUCUGGUUUAUUAAACGGUCUUUUGGUGCAA